CACGGUUGAGACUGAGCCAAUACAGAUGUCCUCGCUCCGCAUCCAUCGGCUCAUAAGCACAUUCAAUGCACUGAGAAUCACAACAAAGGGGGAUGUCUGUUUCGUUGAGGCAUAGUAGACAAUGGCGUUCGAUAGCUCCAAGGAAAAACUGAAUUGAUGAUAUCUCAUCGACGGGAUAUGUGCCUCUCCGUUGUGCGCUUUAUCAGUUGGAAAAGGGCAGGAAGGCGCCUUUUUCAACUGCUCCGCCCAAUACGCCGUCUGCACUACCGAGGAGAUGAGAGACUCGCAUGUAAGCUGCUCAACAUUGGGGAGCAUCAUCUUGGUCAGCGUAGCGCGUAAUUGCUGGGCACAAGACUCUGCCGUGUCCGGGAAGGUACAAGGAUCGACCGAGAUACGGCCGGUGAACGCGGCGGAUGCUGAAUCCAAGAUCUCGAGGCGGAUGUCGGAGUCCGAUGGGAGAUGUGAUGACAAGCUGCAACGUGCGAGUCAUGAGAACAAGCUAGGUCAACAAGCAGCCAUUAAAACGAACCUUGCAUCGCGGAGAAGAACGGUAAGAGAAUGGGGAGUCUCAGAAAUAAGUGCAGCCGUCUUUUUUGCGAUUUGCUUGAUCGUCCAUCCGACCGUAGCUUGCAUGUUGAGUGGUUCGCACUGGACUACCUGUGGCUUUGUGUCGAUCGAAUCGGUAGCAAAGCGCUUGAUAAGGGUGAUGGAGAGAGGUCUCUCGUGCUGGCGGUUCAAAACAAUGACCAAUGCCGCCAACGCAUAGAUGAGAAGAUUGUUGAUUUCAUUCGUACAGUCCUUCUUGACGCGAAGUUCGCUCAGGAUAUCGGAGGUAAGCGUGAAGUCGGCUUGUAAGGGUGCAAUCGGGUGCGAUCUUUUUCGCAUAAAGGAGUUAUGGGUCAUUAGUAAAUGCAAUAGGUCAAAGCGCAUUAAUCGUCAUACCCAGCGUCCGAAGCUGCGUCGAUCUCGACGUCGAGUGCUUCAAAGCCUUUGGGCGCCAUAAUGGCAGAUGAGGUGCUGUAGGGAAGGACUUGGCUCGUUGAAUGACGGACAGUGUGCCAGGACUUCAAGUUAAAUCGAACGGACUGUCACCAUCACGGCCGCCCAAGCGCAGUUUUUUUUUUUUGUCCUUGGUUUUUUGAUUUCCUUUCUUUGUGUGCUUUAUCGUUGUAGGUUAGAAGAGUAUAGCAGUAGGGCAAAUUUGCCCCGGCGACCUACCGGACAGUCAUAAGCAUCUUUCGAUUCAAAUUUCGCUUUCUCUCCUGGCUUCAACCGUAUAAUGGGCAAUGCAUCAUAAAGAACCCUUGGAUAACUCUCUACAAUUGAAUUCUCUUCAAUAUCCCAUCGAGCCCCCUCCAAGAAAAUUCCAUUGAUGUAAGCGCCUUCUUCCGGCCGUACCCCAGCACUGCGGGUAGGCCGUACUUGAAACUCAAACGUCAACAAGUCGAUGGGAAUGGUGUACUUCCGGGCAUAGUUUUGCAAGCAUCCCGUAAGAAAACUUUGGGUGAAAAAGAAUGCACUGAGCCAAAAGACUGUCUUCUGCCAGCAAAAAAGACCAAAAAGCCCAUCGAAGUACAUCGGCUGAAGAUGGAGUGUCGGAGUUGCCGCGUGGACUUGCAUGACUGUGCCACACCGAAAAGCUCGCCUUAUUUAAUUAGCUGUCCGUCCCCAGCAAAUUAAGUGGCUUAGUCCCGCGAUCUGCCAGCUUUGAUCGUUUUGCACCCCAUGUGAGCAAUCACUUUUGAUAAGUUGGGGCUGCUCAGGCACCGCGCAGCCCAUUCCCCGGUCAGCAAAACCUCCGGAAAAGUGCCGUUUUUUUGGAUGUUGGCGGAAUCUUUGCCAUAUCGCAUUUGCUCCAUGAGAAUGUCGACCUUCUUCUACCCAAAUUUACCAAAUUGCCUGUUUGAAUGUAUUCGUGGCUGCAACAGAAGCUAUUGGAAUGGGCUAAAAAUGUCGACCUGUUGCUCGUCUCUCUGCUUGUGGUUCCUCUUCUUUGGGAUCCCCUCAGUGCCAGCAGAAGGGUGACCCAUCCUUGUUUCUGCAAUGGGCGAGACAAACGAAAGCAACUCGGCGUCUGCUCCAAUGCUUCGCAAGGAACUUCGUCGCCCAUUCUUGUCCAAUGUCUUUCUCUCCUGGAUCGACCCGUUCGUGAGACUGGGAUAUAAGAAGGCGCUUGAUGAACAGGAUCUUGGCUCACUUCCGAAAAGCCAGCAGGCCGUCUCAGUCGCUAACGACCUCAGUAGUUUCUGGGAGCAGUACAAACGUUAUACGGACCCUUUCGAAAAUACUUUAUGCACGCCACCAAGCCUCACGAAGUCGCUCGCUCUUCUCUACGCACCAAGAUUGGUAUUGAUUGCCCUCCUCCGUGCGAUUGCUCUUGUCAUCACUCUCGGGCUUCCUUUUGUCAUGAUUCCGCAAGUGUUGCAAUAUGUGAAUCCUCAACCUGAUGGCCCCAAGCUUUUCGUCGAAUCUGGUGUUGCGAUUGCAUUCAUUUUGUGCGCCCUCCAACUCGUCUUAUCCCUGUGCUCAAAUGGGGUACAAAUGCUCGGGCUCGACCUUACUGUGGAAGCGACCGCAGUUUUGACUGAUGCAUUGUAUGAGAAAACUCUUCGCCUCUCUCAUAAAGCCCGCCUACAGUUCCCUGCUGGUCAUAUCAUCACUCUCAUCAAUGCCGAUGUCACCAAAGUUGCUACGUACUCGAACUUCAUUAAUCCAAUGUGGACUGCUCCGGUGCAUAUAAUUGUGUGCUGCGUUUUGCUUGGGAAACUAUUGGGUCAAGUGGUCUGGGUAUCCAUCGGCCUGUUUGCUAUCUUCAUUGGUCUGCAAACACCAUUAGGCGCAGGCUUUGGGAAGGCCGUGGGGGGCUACAUGAAAUCCAUGGAUGCGCGUAUCAAGCUCCUUCGCGAGUUCCUGUACGGCGUCAAAGUAAUCAAAUACGCCGCUUGCGAAGACUACUUCUUUAAAAAGAUUUCGGCAGCGCGCAAGAUUCAGAAUAAAUCCUUCCGGUUGUUCUGUACGGUGAUUUUCUGGCUAAGCAGCGUCAAGCAACUGCAGCAGGUCCUUGUGCCCGUCAUCACGUUCGUCGUUUUCGCGGCAGUCGGAGGCGAUAUGUCUGGUUCCGCUCCUUUCUCCGUGCUUGGUCUAUUUUCCACCCUUGCCACUCCUUUCUCCGACAUUACCGAUGUAGUGGCAAAUCUGAGUCAGUUCCUGGUGUCCAUGCGACGCAUUCAGUCAUUGCUGCUUGCGGAGGAAGUCGAGCCAUCACAUCUCACGGGCCGCCUGGAGAAGGUUAAGAAUAUAGAUGACGCAAUUACGCUGCAAAAUGCCUGUUUUUGCUGGGAAUCGUCAAAGAACAGUGAGUCCGAAGCAGAUGCAAAACCCCCAUCGACUUUCCAACUACGAGAUAUGUCUAUCAACAUCCCGCGAGCCAGUUUAACCGCCAUUGUAGGCGCUGUUGGAGCAGGAAAAUCUUCUUUCUUUUCCGCUCUCGUGGGAGAUAUGCGUAGAACUGAUGGCGAAGCCAAUGCAUAUGGAACCAUGGCCUAUUGUCCCCAAGAACCUUGGAUUAUAACCGGUACCAUCAAGGAGAAUAUCCUCUUCAAUUCGAAUGUGACGGACGAACGGCUUUCGAAUGCUUUCUCUGUGUGCCAGUUGAAUCGUGAUCUGCAAUUGCUGUCACAUGGUGUCGAUACACAGAUUGGGGAGAAAGGUGUUAAUCUGUCUGGGGGUCAGAAAGCUCGAGUUGCGCUUGCACGUGCCGUAUAUCGAGAUGCAGAUAUAUACCUCUUGGACGAUCCAAUCGCGGCCUUGGAUGCACAUGUCAGCAAAGAAGUGUUCGAGAAAACCAUUUGCGGAGCUCUGCGAGGAAAAACUGUUUUGCUAGCGACGCAUCAGCUACAUCUUUUGCCAGAAGUGGACCACAUCAUUGUUCUUGAGCAUGGAAGGAUAGUUCAAGCGGGCACGUUCCCGAAUUUGAUGAGCGACAAAAAUGGAUUGCUCGCUCAGAUGAUGAAAGAUUUCCAUGUCGCUGAGGUGACUGCCUAUGAAGACGCAGAAGAAAACGAUGAUGUAAUCGAGACAAAAGAUGAGCUAAAUACGGCUCCAGCUACAACCCCAUCUUCAAAGGCCCAAGGAAUUGUUGCGGAGGAGCGUAAGAAGGGACAAGUAACGGGUGCCACAAUUGUAUCCUACUUUAAAGCCGGAGGAGGGAUCCCUUUCGCCUUUAAUGUCAUUUGCUCUACCAUUCUCCUCAUCGUUGCAAGCAGUGCCGUGCUUCUAUCUCUUUCGUGGUGGUCAACCAAUCGCUUUGGUUGGACUUCCUGGCAGUAUAUUGGAUUUUACGCAGGGGUGGGCGUAUUUUCCUCGGCCAUGAGCAUGUGUAUGAGUGGAGCCAUCGCUUAUGGGGGUUAUAAAGCGGGACGUGCAUUCCACCGAUUGGCUAUGAAUGGUCUUUUACAGGCCCCUAUGAGUUUUUUUGAAAGUCAGCCUGUCGGCAGGAUUAUAAGUCGCUUGACCACUGAUGUUAAAGACGUGGAUCUUAAUUUUCCAAAUACAUUUAUCGACCUCUUUGCAACUGGCACAAAUGUCAUUUCCACCCUCAUCGUUAUUGUAUAUGCCAAUCUCCUCUUACUCGUUUUACUUGCGGUGCUAGCAUUCUUGUACUUCCUUCUCUUCCGCUACUAUCAAUCAAGUUUCCGCGAACUAAAGCGCCUGCAAUCUAUCAUGAGGUCACCGCUCAGUGCACAUGUAUCAGAAACGCUGAACGGACUCUCGACGAUCAUGGCGUAUAAAGUACAUGACAAAUUCAUUGCCAAUCAACGUUCGAGGACGGAUCAGAGUAAUCUAUCCACUCUUUUCUAUAACGCGACUCGACUAUGGUUUUUGUUAAGGCUUGAAAUACUGUCAACGUCGGUUGUCUUGGUUUUGGUUUUGGUUGCUCCCUUGAAGAUUACGGACUCUAGUACCAUGGCUGUGUCUCUUACAUCGGCCAUCUCGCUUGGUUCCGUGCUCAUCCAGUUCUUUAUCAAUCUCGGGCGAGGCGAAGCGAUGUUCAACGCUAUCGAACGUCUCAACUACUACGCUAACGAAUUACCCCGGGAGGCUCCUUCUGAGUUAGAUAGUGAUCCCAAAGGUUCCACUUGGCCAUCCGCGGGAGCUAUCGCUUUCAAAUCCCUCCAACUAGGUUAUGAAUCACGCCCCGAUCAUCUUGUCAUCAAGCACCUUGAUCUCAGCAUCAGACCCGGGGAGAAGAUUGGCAUUAUUGGACGCACGGGAUCAGGGAAAUCCACUUUGGUGACUGCGUUGUUUAGGAUCAUAGAAGCGUCGGAUGGCCUCAUCGAAAUAGAUGGCCGGGAUAUUGCUAGUGUAGGUUUGAGGACGCUGAGGAAGGGGUUGCAAAUGAUCCCGCAGGAACCGACGUUAUUCUCCGGGACUUUUCGUAGUAACCUUGACCUGGAAUCUCGUUAUACGGAUGAGCAGAUGUGGCAAGCUCUAGACCUGAUAGGUCUGAAAACCUACAUCUCCUCUCUGCCGGAGAAACUGGAUGCACCCCUUACAGAAGGCGGCAGUAACCUUUCUGUGGGACAACGUCAAUUGCUUUGUCUCGCCAAGGCGAUCCUGGCAAAUGCAAAGGUGUUGGUGAUGGAUGAAGCAACUGCUGCAGUUGAUGCGGAUGCGGAUAAGAGGAUCCAGCAAUCGAUCGCAACCACUUUUAAGGACACGACUGUGAUCAGUAUAGCGCACCGUCUCAAUACAAUUGCUGGCUUUGAUCGGGUGCUGGUGUUGGAUGAGGGGAAAGCGGUCGAGUGCGAUGCUCCCUGGACAUUAUUGGAAAGGAAGGGGUCAGUGUUUGCGGAGCUGGUCGAGGCUACAGGAUCUGCGAAUGCCACAGCGGUGAGAGAAAUUUCACAUGCUGCAUUCCAACAAUUGGGGUCAAAAAGAUAGAUGGUGUGCAGCAAAUAGAACAAUAUGGAACUCUGUAUUGUGGGCAAUGAUUACGUCGUAUGCCGGGGAUACAAUCUGCAUUUUGCGUCGCAAACCCAAUGGAUGUGCGAUGAAUGCCAA